GCUGCGGCGGCGGCGGCGGCGGCGGCGGCGGUGGUUACUAUGGCGGAGUCGGCCGGAGCCUCAUUCUUCCUCCUUGUUGUUCUCCUGCUUGCCGGCAGCGGCGGGUCCGGGCCCCGGGGGAUCCAGGCUCUGCUCUGUGCGUGCACCAGCUGCUUACAGGCCAACUACACGUGUGAGACAGAUGGGGCCUGCAUGGUUUCCAUUUUCAACCUGGAUGGGAUGGAGCACCACGUGCGCACCUGCAUCCCCAAAGUGGAGCUGGUCCCCGCUGGGAAGCCCUUCUACUGCCUGAGCUCCGAGGAUCUGCGCAACACGCACUGCUGCUAUACUGACUUCUGCAACAAGAUCGACCUGAGGGUGCCCAGCGGUCACCUCAAGGAGCCUGAGCACCCCUCCAUGUGGGGCCCUGUGGAGCUGGUGGGCAUUAUUGCCGGCCCAGUGUUCCUCCUGUUUCUCAUCAUCAUCAUUGUUUUCCUUGUCAUUAACUAUCAUCAGCGCGUCUAUCACAACCGCCAGAGGCUGGACAUGGAGGACCCCUCGUGUGAGAUGUGUCUCUCCAAGGACAAGACGCUCCAGGAUCUCGUCUACGACCUCUCCACGUCGGGGUCUGGCUCAGGGUUACCCCUUUUUGUCCAGCGCACAGUGGCCCGAACCAUCGUUUUACAGGAGAUUAUUGGCAAGGGCCGGUUUGGAGAAGUUUGGCGCGGCCGCUGGAGGGGUGGUGAUGUGGCUGUGAAAAUAUUCUCUUCUCGUGAAGAGCGGUCUUGGUUCCGGGAAGCAGAGAUAUACCAGACAGUCAUGCUGCGCCAUGAAAACAUCCUUGGGUUUAUUGCUGCUGACAAUAAAGCAGGCUGCUCAUUCCUCACACUGCCGUGGCGGUUUGUAGUGGCCUCAGCUGCCCCCAGGCUGAAGAGACUUGACCUCUCACACAAGGGAGGAAGGGGAAGAGAGAAUUCCUUACUCACUCUGAAUAACGGCACCUGGACACAACUGUGGCUUGUCUCCGACUAUCAUGAGCACGGCUCCCUGUUUGACUAUCUAAACCGGUACACGGUGACCAUCGAGGGGAUGAUUAAGCUGGCCUUGUCUGCUGCCAGCGGUCUGGCACACCUGCACAUGGAGAUUGUGGGCACCCAAGGGAAGCCUGGAAUUGCUCAUCGAGACUUAAAGUCAAAGAACAUCUUGGUGAAGAAAAAUGGCAUGUGUGCCAUCGCAGACCUGGGCCUGGCUGUCCGUCACGAUGCAGUCACGGACACCAUCGACAUUGCCCCCAACCAGAGGGUGGGAACCAAACGAUACAUGGCCCCUGAAGUACUUGAUGAAACCAUCAACAUGAAGCACUUCGACUCCUUUAAGUGUGCUGAUAUCUAUGCCCUUGGGCUCGUGUACUGGGAGAUUGCUCGAAGAUGCAACUCUGGAGGAGUCCAUGAGGAAUAUCAGCUGCCAUAUUAUGACCUAGUGCCCUCUGACCCUUCCAUUGAGGAGAUGCGGAAGGUCGUAUGCGACCAGAAGCUCCGCCCCAACAUCCCCAACUGGUGGCAGAGUUAUGAGGCACUGCGGGUGAUGGGGAAGAUGAUGCGGGAGUGCUGGUACGCCAACGGCGCAGCCCGCCUGACCGCGCUGCGCAUCAAGAAGACCCUCUCCCAGCUCAGCGUGCAGGAGGACGUGAAGAUCUAGCUGCCCCUCCCCACACGCUGCCGGGCAACGGGACCUACAGCUGAGCUGCCGUGUUGGGUGUCCGAUGGAGGCCUACCUCUCGUUUCUGCCCAGCCCUCUGUGGCCAGGAGCCUGGCCCACAAGAGGGACAGAGCCCGGGAGACUCGCUCACUCCCACAUUGGGUUUGAGACACAGACACCUUUUAUAUUUACCUCCUAGUGGCACGGAGCCUCUGAGAGCAAAUGGUGUGGAGAACUCAGUGCCACAGCCUGGGCCGGCUGUAGUGGGAAGUUCUGCAAAGCCCGGCGCACCUGGCGAGAAGCCUGGCGUGGUGACGGGCGGCCUCGGAGGGCCCGGGAGGAGCAAGUGUGGCCCCUGCUGAGCGGCACCGAGGGCUUUCCUCUGGGACCAGCCCCAGCGCAGCGAGGCAGCCCGGGGAACCAGAAGGUUGGCCCCUCUCGGCACCGCCGGGCCUCGUGCUCCCCUCCGCCCCAUCGGGACACCUGGAGGGACUGCCAGUGCCCGUCUGUCCAGCUGUGUAUGCAUGUGCCGAGGAAAUCCCUAUAAAAACAACCACAAAAAAAAUGCUUCAAUCAAACGCACACAGCUCAAUCACACUGGAAAUGUCUGUCCUUGUACCUGAGCCUGCUCCCCCCACCCAGCAGCAAGAGUUCCUCUGCCCUGGGGGUUGGUCUCGCUUGCGUUCUGCCUCCCCUCCCAGUUCCACAAGUGGGUUUUGCACUGGGGCCCUAGCCUUCUGUGCGUUGUCCAGCAGGUUGCAGCUUCUCCUGCAGGCGUUCACGCUACAGACAUCGCUGGGAACCUGCUGGAUGCCAGGCAGUGCGCCGGGUGCUGGGAGAUACAGCUGUGAACAAGACAGGCUUGGGUCCUACCCUUGGAGCACCGACCAUGGAACCCAUUCAAGUUAGUGGGUGACUGUUUUGAGACCAGAAGUUUUCGUAGUUGCUUCUGAGCCUUUUGAGCCUGGAGUGAUUGCUCUUAUAUAAGACCACUAAGGAGUGAGGCUGCCCACCUGUCCCCCACCAGAGAGGCCGGGCGGUGAGAACCCCCCCAGUCGCUGCGUUCAUCCGGAGCCCCCUUCCUGCCCCCCCGGGGGGGGGCACAGACUGUGUGCAGCCUCAGAGCAUCCCUGCCUCCAGCCCAGCGAUUCUCUGCCAAAGCUUGUGGAGGAGGGGAGAGCCCUCCCCCGACUUCCAUUGGUCUCCCCAGUGCCCUGGCCUUCCUAUUUAUUUUCCUGCUGUAUCGCUUCUUUCCUUGCGUUAAAGGAGAUCUUCCCCUAACCCUCUGAGCCAAAUUACUGGCUACUGAGUAAUUUCCCUCGAAUACCAAUUGUGUCAUUAGGGGGGCCUUCUUUCCCCACCCCUGCCGACGCCCCAUCUGUCCGCCCUGCGGCAGAACUUGGCGGCUCAGAGGAGAUGACUGAACUCAGAGUCCCCUCCCCCCGCCGCAGCCAGCCUCUGGGAUCUGCCAACACUCCUUGACCCAGGGACUCCCAAGCCACUAGCCCACUCCCCCGGUGGCCCUGCUCUCCCCACCACACACUCCUCCUUCUCCACCUCCGGGGAAGACUGAGUAGUUUUGGGGGGAAGCUCCCAACCCCACCGCCACCACUCUUAACCCAAGAGUUAGGAGUGAGAGAGUUGGGAAGAAACUAAAGCCGUGGUUUUGGCCCCCUGAGGCUAACCCUGAUCCAUAGGGCUACCUGCACCUCUGGAUUCUGGAUUCACAGACCAAGUCCAAGCCCGUUCUUAGGUUGCCGUCAAGGCCCCCGAACGGCAUUCUCGGUACUUCUGUUUGUUUUUGUACAUUUUAUUAGAAUGGACUGUAAAAUAGCCACUUAGACACUUUACCUCUUCAGUAUGCAAAUGUAAAUAAGUUGUAAUAUAGGAAAUCUUUUGUUUUAAUAUAAGAAUGAGCCUGUCCAAUUUCUGCUGUACAUUAUUAAAGUUUUAUUCACAGA